GUUAAUUAUUCUUUGCCCGUUCCUUCACUCUUCCAAUGUGACAGCGAUGGCAAAGGCAAAGGGUGAGGGGGGUUGCUUUCUGUUCUCUUGGAUAACAAGUUUGCAGUGGCAGAGAGAAAAGGAGCAACAAGACGACCUCUCAACCACACCCCAUCUUCCGCAUCAUCAUAUUCUUUUUCUUCAAACAUUUUCAUUUCAGUUCUAGAAAGAAGAAAAAAAAACUCCCAAAAAAAGCGUGUCUGUCUCAGUCAGUGUGUGCAAGAGAUGGAGAUCAGAGAGAGAGGUGUCUGUCGGCAUGUUCGAUUGGGACCCCCAUCUGACAAGAACUAAUAAAAAAAUCUCUUUCUUUGUUCCUCGUUCCUCACUCUGCGCACUCACUGCCAUGUGCUCUGCUUCUUCACCUUCUGGCUGGCUCUCUCUGGCGCUCUCCCUGAGACAAACUUUGUAAACACAAACUCGGUGCUCCAAAAAUGUCUGGUAUGAACUAAGAUCAUCACCCUCUGAACCCAUCUCUCUCUCUCUCUCGUUCUCUCUCAAUGGACCCAAGAACUCAUCUUGAUCAUGUUCUUUUCCAACUCACUCCAACCAGAACCAGAUGCGAUUUGGUGAUUUUCGCCGGUGGUUUGACCGAGAAGUUGGCGUCGGGGCUUCUGGAACCGUUCCUAUUGCACCUGAAAAGCGCCAAAGAUCAGAUUUCAAGAGGUGGGUACUCGAUCACUCUGCGUCCGGCGGGCUCAGUUGCCUCCUGGUUCACCAAAGCAACUCUGCAAAGGUUUGUGAGAUUUGUUAGCACACCGGAGGUUCUUGAGAGAUUUGUGACUAUAGAGAGAGAGAUCGUGCAGAUUGAGAAUUCAAUUCAAUCAAGUGAAUCAUUAGAGGCAGAUGGUGCUGAUGGGAAUUCGAAAAGGUCAAGUGCCUCCUUGGAUUCAAAAGGUGAAUCAAAUGGAACAGGCGAUGCUAUACCAGAAGAAAACUCCAAGAUUCGUCUUCAGCGUGUUCUGGAAACUCGGAAGGCAGUGCUCCAUAAAGAGCAAGCAAUGGCUUAUGCCCGUGCUCUUGUUGCUGGAUUUGAGCUGGACUAUAUAGAUGAUCUUAUUUCUUUUGCUGAUGCUUUUGGAGCUUCACGUUUAAGGGAAGCAUGCAUAAAUUUCAUCGAUCUAUGCAAGAAAAAGAAUGAGGAUAGGCGCUGGGUAGACGAAAUUGCUGCAAUGCAGGUAUUCUCUCAGCCAGAAUUGCCAUACUUGGGAACAUCUGGGAUCAUGCUUGCUGGUGAAGAUCUUGAAAAUAGUCAGAAUAUUACGAUAAAUGUUCAUCCAAAUAGUCUCUCUAGUGGGAAGCAGAACGGCUCUGUAGAUGCAUCAGCGUCUGAUUCAACUGCAAGUCAUGGAAGUUUGGAAGGUAGCCAAGAUACUAGCUUGCCAACAUCAACUCAAAUACCAUCAACAAAUGGGAGAGCUCAAGCACCAAUGUCAUGGGCAAACCAUAUGCCCCAUUACAUGCACAAUUUUCAAGGUCCUGUAUAUCAACAAAUGCCCCCAUAUCCAAACUACCUUUUUCCUGGUAUGCAGCCUUCUUCAUAUUAUCCAGGGAAUAUGCAGUGGCCUUCAAAUGUCGAAGAUUCUGGUCCUGUUCAUGAUCAGGAACUAGAUAAUCAUCGGAAUCAUAAAUCAUCUUAUAGGAACAAAAAGAAACUUGCAAGUGGAAAAUUACUGGAAACUUCAGAGCAAGAUGGAUCCACUGAGCCCAGUGACGGCAGUUCUGAGAGUGAAUCAGAUGAUGGGUAUUUGGAGCAUAACAAAAAGUACUCUUCAAAAGAGCAGCCGCGUAAAAAGAAGCAUGGGAAGAAGUCCUCAAGAAAGGUUGUUAUCCGCAAUAUCAAUUACAUCACCUCUAAGAGAGAUGGAGAGAAGGACACUGGCUCUGACGGGAAUGCAUCUGAUGAGGAUGCAUUCAUUGAUGGGGAUUCACUCAAACAGCAAGUUGAGGAAGCAGUUGAAUCAUUGGAGAGAAGACAUAAGUCAACUUCACGCCAUCAUAGAAAACAAGUGGGGGCCAAGCUUCCCGGCAUUGUAAAUGGUUCAAAUGAUGCUGCUGAUCAGGAAAUUAAGAAUACAGUGGUUAAAAAUUCUGAGGGGGGGAAAAGAAAUGACCAUUGGGGUGCUUUCCAGGAUCUUCUUAUGAGAGACGAGUCAAGUUAUAUUGGUACAGAGCCACACUCUGUAGAAGUCCAGGAGGAAUAUUUCAAGACUAACUCUGAAGAGGGAAGGUCAUUUUCCUUUAACCUGGAACAAGAGAAAGUUACAAAGCCACAAACGGUAUCUAGUGAUUCCUUUGUUGUAAUAGAGAGGAAUGCAGGUAUGGAAGGGAAAACUCGCAUUGGGAAUUUGGAAGUUGACGAAAAUGUCCACCCAACUAUUAGGAAAGCAGAUAGCACAUAUGAGGAAUUGUUAUUUGUGCAGAGAAGUGAAGGAUCAGGGAAUCAUUCCCAUGCUAUUCUAUCUGAUAAAUCUUCCAUAACCAAAUGUCAAGAAGAAGGAGAUUGGUUCAUCAGCAGCCAACCAGAUAAAUCAGCAAAUCAGGAUGAAAGCAAAGAUCUCAACAUGUUCGAUGGUGUUUACGUUUCACCGGUAACUGUUGAUAGUUUUCAUGCUGAAAAGAAUAAAAAGGAUGUUUUAGCUGAUGACUCAUUCAUGGUUCAAGCUCGAUCAUUCGAUAAUCAAUCUGAUUCUCUACUAAGGACUGACAUAAGCAUGGUUCAAGACAUUGUUGGAGAUGCUCAAUAUGAAUAUGGGACACCAGAAAUUUCACAUGAUAAGCCUGAAGCUAUUGCUGCUCAUGAGCCAGAUGACCUUUACAUGAUGCUUGAUCGUGAUUCAACUGUUGAACAUGCUGUGGCAUCUUGGACUCCAGAAAUGGAUUAUGAGAGUAGCAUUUUAUCAACUGAAGCCAAUAAGAGGCAUUCUGACUAUGAAACAACUGGUUGUGUUGAGGAUAAGCUGCCUUCUGAUGGUAAGGAUAGAAAAGGUAAAAAAGGUGGAACUCCUGGGGGAAAAGUUACAAGUAAAGAAGGAAGGUCUAAACUUUUAAAUGGAUCCCUUGGGAAAAGCAAAUCUAAUAUCACAUCAGGGAGCAGAAAACCAUCUUCUGGAAGCCAAACUUCAGUUCCGAGGAGCAAAUUCGAGAAGGAGGAAGAGACCAGAAAGAGAUUGGAGGAGUUAGCUCUUCAACGCCAGAAGAGAAUUGCUGAAAGAAGUGCUUCUAGCGGGUUUAGUGCAGCAACUAAAAAGACAGCUACAGUAAAUAAAACUGCAACGACUUCCAUGAAGACUGAGAAGCCUAAAAUUCAGACCCCAAUUGAAGAGACCAAGAAAGUAAAUAAGCCAGUUCUUAGGAGUUCCACCAUAGAUCGCCUUGCAACUGCACGAGUAACUCAGAAGGUCUCGUCGACUCAAUCAAAGCUGGAGCAGCCCAAAAAAUCUACCUUGAAGGCAAAUGGUGUUGGUGCAACUACCUUACCACAGAAGACAGCUGGUGCUGAGAAUAAGAAACCUUCAGAUGCGAUAAAGGUCUCUACGAAUUUAAAUCAGGCACUUUCUUCUGACUCUGAUGUUCAAGCAAAGGAUUCCAUGGAUUCGACAGCAGGAUUGUUAGCAAAGUCAUCAGCUGCACAAGCAACUGAAGCCAAUGAUGCCCUUGUUCUGAAAGACAUUAAGGAGCUGCGCAGUAAAUCUUCGACCGAGAAGAAUGGGGAAAAUGUGAUUUCACAUCAGGAUGAUGGAGACUGCAAUGAGGAUUCACUCAACAUGGCUUCAUCUGUCCCUACUGAAGAUCAUGUUCCACGACUGGAUCAGCUAGAAGGCAAUGUUGAAGGAUUAUCUAAAGCAUCUUCUGUUCAUACUGUAGAGAAAACACUUUCUGAAGGUCCCCAAGAAGAUAUUCCUGAAAUUGCUAUACAUCCUAUGCCAGCAUCACCUAACAAAAAUUUGAUGAGUUAUGCUGAGAAUAUCGAAGCGAAUGGAGCAACAAAUGAAAAUUUUCCUGUGUCAUCUGAAAUUUCUGAGAUAGAAAUCUCAACUCCACCACCAAGUAAUGGAGCAGUCUCUGAGCAAAUCCAUUCCAGGAAGAAGUGGGAAAGCGAUGAGAACCCUACUAAAUCUGCCAAAGGGUUUAAAAGGCUUCUUUUGUUUGGAAGGAAAAAGGCUGAAACUCACUUGUGAAUUGAUCCUGUCAUAGUUGGCUGAACUCCAUGCUAGCAGCUUUAUGUGUUCAUGCCAUUCCAUGAUACCUCAUGCCUCUGCUUUAGAUCAUUGGUUAUUCAAGGGCAGGAGGUAACUUCCAAGUAGAAUUUGUUUGAUCAUGCAGCUGAUGUGUGCCAUGUAGCUGUUGAGUGGGAGAAAAUUGAUUGCUCUCAUAAUAGUAAGGCUUUCGGUUUUGCUGCCAUAGAAGGAUUUGAAAUGUUAUGCAUCUGAAUUUGGUAUAUCUUACAGAGUGUGUAAACAAGUAAAAUCUCUUAUGAAUUUGCUCUGAUAUACACUUGGAGUGCUUUUUUGUAGCCUGUAUUUUAAUUUUAUUCAAAAUUCUAGUGUAUGUAUUGCAAAGCCCUGUAAUAAUUCAUCAUUGGCAUUCUUUUGUACUUCA